UGCCUCAAGUGGUUGCCAGGAACCUGAGGCCAUGGCUGCACCACUUUUGGCUGCACGAUGCUGAUGUCAGAGUGGCCAUUGUGACCCGCGCAACCAAGGCCUCCAAAGGGAAGGCUGGGCUCAGGCCGUGUGUCAGUGCGACCUGACAACGGGAGGAGAAGGCAGGGCAGGGACGCUGCUGCCCAGGGACCAGAGGAGCCCCACAGCUCGGGGCUCUGGGCCUGUGCUGCAGGUUCCCCUGCCUCUCCCUGCCCAGAAUCAGAGGAGGAACAGCCGAGUAGAGUGCAGCGUUCCUCGAGGCGACGACGGGGAGGAGAAGGCGGACAGGAGCAGGGCUCACGCAGGGCUCAGCAGGGAGUAGUGCCCUCGUGGCUCUGGGCCUGUGCUGCAAACUCCCCACCCUCCUCUUUCUCCUACAGAGAGAGAGGACCAGCACCUGGAGGAGACUUUUCUGGACAGAGACUCACCACUGACGGCUGCCAUGUGUGACAGGCGGCAGGAGGGCCCUGGUGCCAGGGAGCCGGUGUGCAUGCUGUGUCGCCGUGCAGAGGCUGACCCGGACGUCUGCGGUGACAAACUGGAGAAGCACGGGGUCUGUGCCCACGUGUACUGCCUGUUCUUUGCCACUCUACUUUUUGCUCAAGAGGACAAGCAUGUUGGACUCAAGGGAUUUCUUCCUCGAGAUAUCCAAAUUGCAGUGCGGCGGGCGGCACAAAAGCGCUGCUGCGUCUGUGGCCAGAGCGGGGCAACCAUCAUGUGCUGCAAGAGGGGCUGUGCCAGAUGGUUCCACCUGCCCUGUGCCAAGGACGGCGGCUGCGUCACACAGUAUAUUCUACAUUACAGGUCCUACUGCCCUGAGCACUGUCCAAAGCAGGCCGUGGAGGCGACUCCAGAGCCGGGCACCAAUUGCCUCAUCUGCUUGGAGCCUGUGGAGGAUAGAAAGACUUUCAGAACCUUGGUGUGCCCAGUGUGCAAAGGGGCCUGGUUCCACAGGGACUGCAUCCAGGGACAGGCCAUGCGUGAGGGUCUUUUAUAUUUCCGGUGCCCCCAUUGCAGAGUCGAGGAGGCAUUCCUUCUCGAAAUGUUCAUACUGGGGAUCCGAAUCCCCUUCAGACUGCCAACAUGGGAGGACGACGAUGCCUUCGCGGAUCUAGGAGAGAGGCACAGCAGGUGCAAUGCCAGGGAUUGCCUUUACCCGGGAGGCAGGGAGGAGGCAGAGGAAGAGGGGCCCUGGGAACUGCUCCUGUGCUCCUCCUGUGCUGCUGAGGGCACCCACAGGCGCUGCUCCGGCCUGAGAAACAGCGUACAGAGCUGGGAGUGUGACAGCUGUGCUGGUGUUGAAACGGCGUCCAGAGAUGAGCCAGAGCUCUGUGGCCCCCGGCCGGCCAGUCAGUCAGGACGGGAGCCUGCUCACGACUCCGCAGAAUCUGAGGCCAUCAGCCCCAGCUCCCGCGGCCCGGUGCCAUCGGGGCUUGAUCCCCAGGCUUCAUCUGCAGAGACCAGCAGCACAGCACGGCAGCAGUCUCUGCCAUCUCCCUCGCUGGACACCAGCAGCCCCAGCACACCAGGGUCAAUGUACAGCAGCACCCCUGAGCCUGAGGACAGGGGCCAUUCCAGACAUGCUGGGCCCGGCUGCAGGCGCACCCGCUCCCGCCAUGAAGGUCGGGCCUCCAAUGGACCAGUCCGAUCGAGGAGUCGCUGUGACAGGCGCAGCAGGACAAGACCAAGGACUGAGAGGCCCAGGCGAAGGGAGACUCCAUCAGAGACAUCCCCCAGACGCAGACGCUCCUGCCAGCAACGUCAGGCCCUCAGUCCACCUGUCCGGUCCAGGAGUCACCGUGACAGGAGCAGCAGGACAAGACCAUGGACGGAGAGGCCCAGGCGAAGGGAGACACCUUCACAGGCAUCCCCCAGACGCAGCCGCUCCUGCCAGCAACGUCAGGCCCUAAGUCCACCUGUCCGGUCCAGGAGUCGCCGUGACAGAAGCCACAGGACAGCACCAAGGACUGAGAGGCCCAGGCAAAGGGAGACUCCAUCAGGGACAUCCCCCAGACGCAGACGCUCCCGCCUGCAGCGCCAGGCCUCGAAUCAACCUUUCCGGUCCAGGAGUCGCCAGGACAGGAGCAGGAGGAGAGCAGGAAGUGCUGAGAGGCCCAGGCGCACGGGGACACCAUCAGGGAGAUCCCGCAGGAGCAACCGCUCCUGCCAGAGGCGUCGGGCCUCAACUGGGACCUCCAAUAGCAGCACGUAGCCUCGUCUUUUCUUUCUAGUCCAUCAGUCGCUGCCGGAAGUGAAGUAAAGCCAAAAGGAAGAAGAAAGAAGAGAGUGAGACACUGCCUCAAGUGUCUGAAGAAAUCAGACUACUGUAAGCAAUACAGUAAUCUGAAGAAAUCAGACUACUGUAUUGCUGCUGAUUGUUUGGAGCUUCAAAGAACAAACCAGAAAAGACU